AUGAAUAGAAAUAAUAAUAAUUGCUUGCACAAUAAAAAAUAUAAUAAUUAAUUGAAAGGACUCAUCUAUAAAAUUUUUACAAAACUUAAUAAUACAAUUUAUAGAAAAAUAAAGAAUUUUUAGAUCAAAUUAAAUUUAAUAUAGAUUUUAGAAGAGAUAUUCUACUUAAGUUAAACCAAUAAAAUUCUUAAAGUUUUAGCUUUGAUAAUGAAAUUUAUAAGAUUCAAAAUAUUUUGGUGUAAUAUAAUAGGUUUUAAUAUAAUUAUUAACCGAUUUUUUUUUUAAAUGAAAUUCAAACUAUCAAUUAAUAAUAUUAUCCAUCUGAUAUUGGUACUUCAAUAAUUCGAUAAGUUAUUAAUUCAGAUUUUGGUUCUACUCAAAUUCAUAGAAAUAGAGAGGCUUUGAAUACAGAGAUUUAAGAUAAAAUUGAAUAAUAUUAAUUAUCUAAUGAAGAACAGAGCGUUGGGGAAAUUAAAUAGAACAGAGGUGUAUAAUAAUAAUAAGGGAUAGAGUAUACAUUUUAAAUUUAGACUUCCCUUUAGGAAUAAACUUAUUAGGAAAGAGAUCAGUAAUCAUUAGAUUAUUUUAAAAAUAACAGAGUACACAAUUUUAAAUUGAAUGAUUAAGUUGUAUAGAGUUUCAAUGAGAGCGAAAAAGAAGAUAUAUUGAAUCAUUAAUAAUUGGAAUAGAUAAUAAAUAAUCAUAGGAGUAAGGGUAGUGAUAUUUAGAAUAAUUAAUAAAGAAAAAGGAAAUAGGAAAUAUGUUGUAAUAUACGUUAAUCAUUAUUUGAUUGA